AUGUGGGGCCUGGUUGCAGGGUGGCCUCGCUGCGAGCCGGGCGGCUGGUACACGGUGUCGCACGGCGUCUACUGCGACCGCUACUACACGUGCCAGCACGGCGCGCCCUUCCUGGGUCAGUGCGAGGACGGUCUGGCCUACCAGCCGCGCGCCGGCUGCCGCCUGCUGCACCUCGUCGACUGCAAGGGCCGCCCCAAGCUACAGAAUAGGGUGUCGAAAGAACGGCAACGGAGACUCAUUUGGGAAACUGUUGCAGAGCCGGCACGCGGCCACGGAGACUGCCUGCGACUCAACGGUGUGUACGGCGGCGCCUGCACGGCCGCCUACACGCUGUGCGUGUCCGGCAUGGCGACGCCCGCUACGUGCGCACACGGCUACCUGUUCGACAACGCCGCCAAGUCUUGCCGGCGGCCGCGCAACGCGCAGGAGCAGCACUGUGCACAGGGCCCGCAGCAGGUGGACACGCGGCCAGGUGGCCAGCAGCAGGUGGCGCCAGACACGACGCCGACGCCCGUUGCUACGACUACCACACCUCCACCAGCCGUCUCCAGCGAGCGACCUGUGGACACCACCACCCUCUCCACCCAGCCUGCAAGCAAUGCCACUACCCAGGAGACCGCGACACAGCCGCCACCUCCUAGCGACCAGAACCCCUCUGCCGGAUACACACAGCAGCCGUACUAUCCAGACUAUUACUACUACCUGCCCUACUACUACACCAGCAACCAGCCCGCUUUCUACAGCACCAGCACUGGCCAGGCUGGCCAACAGCAGCCGUAUAACAACCAGUACCAAACCCCCACGACCACUCAGGAGCCCUACUACCUGUACUAUACACAGCCCUACUACACGGACACGGCGACUCAGUACUACUGGUCUACACUGCAGAAUGGGGACUGGUAUUCCUCGCCAUUGUCAACAUCGGGCCAGUACAGCUCUCUGAGCCCGUCUACUGGCUGCGCUACGACGCCGUCCCCUAUCGGGACUCGGAGCCCGGCCAUUCUAGUUUCGGGCUUCCUCGAUCCGGUCCAGUCCUCUGUGUCAGUGCCGCCACCAGUGAAGUCCAAUGCUGUGAGCCAGCUUACGACGUGCACGCCGGAUGCACAGGGCUCAUCCAUUCCAGGGUUCUCGUGUCCUGCAAACAACCCAUUCCCGUAUGGCGACCACUCGCGACACGCGUUCCCGGGCUCCUGCCGCCUGUUCAUUAUGUGCUUGCGAGAUGGCUCGCACAAGGUCGGUGGCUGUCCUCCUGGCUACGCCUUCAAUGCAGAGUCCCGCAACUGUGAGGUGGCUACCGCUGUGCCGGGCUGCAGUGGUCGUAUCCUGGGCUCAUAAUGGGACACUGGUUUGAAAAUCGAAAGACAAGAUGUGCUAUGUUCUGCCAGGAAAAGUGCUCCUGUGUUCUGUCAGUCAGUAAGAGCUUGGUGGUCACUGCCUUCAUACAGGUGGAGCUCUCAGUGUAUCACCAGAGUCUGCUGUC